UAUAGCAGAAUUCAUCAUGGAAGACGCAUUAAUGUUGGUGUCAUUUUCUCUUAUCCUCCUUCUCCCCCUUUCCCUCAUCUUCUUCCUAUCUCUAAUCGUCCGUCCCCACCCAAUGAAGGUCCCAAUCAAGGGUCGCCAUGUAUUCAUCACAGGAGGAUCUAGCGGCAUUGGCCUCGAGCUGGCCAAACGAGCCGCCAUAGAAGGGGCGCGAGUCUCCAUUCUAGCUCGCAACCAAAAAAAGCUAGAAGACGCCAAGGAUUCAAUCCGUCUAGCCACUGGUAUCGACGUCUCCAUCUUCAGUGCCGACGUUCGCGAUAUGGAGUCUGUGAGGAAAGCCAUAGACGAGGCUGGACCUAUCGACGUGCUCAUUUGCAACCAAGGUUUUUUUGUGGCGCGAGAAUUGGUGAAUCAGGAUUUAGAAGAGGUUAAGUUCAUUAUUGAUGUUAAUUUGAUCGGUACAUUUCAUCUUAUCAAGGCAGCUUUGCCUGGAAUGAAAGCUCGAAGGGACAAAAGACCAGUCUCAAUUGCAAUUAUGUCCUCACAAGCUGGUCAGGUAGGCAUAUAUGGUUACAGCGCGUAUUCCGCCAGUAAAUUCGGUCUAAGAGGCAUGGCGGAAGUAUUGCAACAAGAACUUAUUGCUUAUAACAUUCAUAUAACGCUAAUAUAUCCUCCGGACACUAAUACACCUGGUUUGGUAGAACAGAAUAAGACGAGGCCAGCUCUGACUAGUAUAAUUGCGGCUUCAUCUGGUGCAAUGGAAUCCGCUAAAGUUGCUAAGAUAUCGAUGGAUGGUAUAAAAUCUGCAAAAUUCAACGUUUUUUGCAACUUUGAGGGAUGGAUGUUGGGUGUAGUUUGUGCUGGAUUGUCUCCUCAACGAUCCUACAUAAUGGCAUUUUUUGAGGUGGUUUUUGCAAGCAUAUUGCGUCUGGUUGGACUGUGCUUUCAGUGGAACUGGUACCAAACCAUAUUAAAGUGGCAUGCCAAAAAUAUUAAUAAUUAGUGAAGAAAAAGUAACUUAUAAUAUGAUUGUGAAGAAAUGGGUAUUAACAAGUGCAAUAAAAAAAAUGUUUUCUUUGAUAUCGUAUGUGUAACUGAAUGUAUUCAAAAUUAAUUAUGGAGUUUGUAAUAUCAUUUCUAAUGGCAUUUUAAUCAAAUAUGUCCUAAAACCCAUUUUCAUAUGGGCUUAAU